AUGGCUCUCCCCCCUACUGAGAAGAAAGAGCCUAUGGAGGCGCAGAUCAAAUCUGUGGACAUGACCGAGGAUAUGCAGCAGGAAGCUAUUGCUCUUGCCAUCGAAGCCACGGAAAAGUUUAGAGUUGAGAAGGAUAUUGCACAGUACAUCAAGAAAGAGUUCGACUCGCGCAAGGGUGCUACCUGGCACUGCGUUGUUGGUCGCAAUUUUGGAAGCUUUGUGACUCACGAGACCAAGCACUUCAUCUACUUCUACCUCGGUCACUGCGCAAUUCUGCUUUUCAAGACCCAGUGA